AUGCAUACCACGGCCGAGUAUAGAUGGGCAGUAGGAAAGGCGUGGACACUACAUCACGCUCGACCAAGGCUGCAUGGGGGUCAAGCACCAGCAUGCUGGCCGCAGUGCAACACUCAGGGUGCUACUACAUUUGGGACAGCUGUGUUCAACAUGGUUGGUUGUAGUACUGUCACUGGUGGUGGGUGGGCCAAGUGUUGUAGCUGCAAUGGGUAUGUCUUGAGUGACGCGUUGCUGGCUUGCUUUUGCUUUGUUUUUUUCUCUACACACACAUCCCUCAUUGUUAAUCAUUCACCAUGUCGCGGCGCUGACCCCCUCAUGGCACGACGAAAGCACGACUUGAUUUCACUUUUCUCGUUUCAUUUCUGGGUACGAUUUGCAGGUUUAUGUUUUCUUUUUUCUUUUUUCUCUUAA